AUGAAUGGACUGCUUCGUUUGCAUCGUCUCUUACACCGUCAAGCCUCGGCCGAGUGUCGAAGAAAGGCUCUUGAAGUCUUAGAUAGAGUAUUUACAAAUAUUGUUACAUACCCUUCAUCAGAGAAGUACAGACGAAUUAAUAUGGCUUCAGUGAUGUGGGAACGCUAUGUUGCUUCGUCCUUUUAUUUAUUUCAGUUUCUUGAGUGGUUAGAGUCUUUGGGCUUUGUCCACGAUGCUGAACAUUCGGUUUUGCAGUUUGGUGGUGACGAGUUAAAUGGUGUUAUUGGGGCGAGGGAAGAGGUGCGUAUUCUUUGUGAGGCGUACCUGGUUCCGUGCUCCAAAGAAGAUAAUAAGGGUAGCGUGGAAGGGAAGCAAUUGUUAUCACUUUUGCGAUUUAUUGCUGGACUUACAGAUAAUGGAGGUUUAGGAAGUGACGUACCCCUUCAAGCUAAAGAUGCACAGCAAGCUUGUAUUAAUAGUGAAACGUGGGAUAAUGUAAAAUCUCUCUUAUAUGUGGCGGUUUUGAGUCGUGUAUGUGCAGAGCGAGGAGGAGUGGAUUUUGGUUCACAGACGGCUUCUCAACCUCCACUUACUUUACGUAGGUCUUGGGCGUGGUCGUCGCUGAUUGAGGCAGCUUGUGAGGUGUCACUUUCUCAGAUGGAGGAUGAUUUUUCUGUGGUUGAGGCGGAACUGUUUGAUUCCUACGAGCACAUCAAUUACGGUGCUUCAGAUAUUACUGACUCCUUAAAGGAGAGUGUUCGAAGGCGAGUUGCUGAAAAGCAUAAAAAUGAUUUUUCUUCUUCAGAUCAAAAGUUUGCACAUGUUCAUGCAGAGGUUAAUUACGUCGCAACCCGUCUUAUAGCCGACAUUGCCUCCUGCAUGGAGCAAGUGGCUGUGCUAGAAGAGACACAGGGUAUGGUGCGAAGAGACCGUUUGGAAGCGCACAAACUUUUAAAUAAGUUUAGGGAGGAUGCCGACAUUGGGUAUUUACAUUCGCUUAAAGAGGAGUGGAGGGAGCGGCUGGAGGCCGCUAAAGAAAAGCAUGGUAAACCGUUUGUUUACCUUCAGACCUCUGCAUCUGAGUCAUAUGCAAGGUGA